CUGCGCUCGCCCGGCCAGUUUACGGAAGAAGGCUUCAUUGCCUUCAAUCGGGUCUAUGUGCACACGCUCGAACGCUGGGGCAUCUUCAAGGACGACGAGAAUCCCGUUGCGCGGUCAAACGUAUGUCCCGAGGUCGAUCCUCCGACCGCACCCUGCUUUCACGCGUUCUCGUACACCAUGCCGGCAGAGGCGAGCGACGCGGCAGAGGUGAAGAGCUUCGUCAUCUCGGGCUCCGGCGAAGCGCCCGAAGGACCGGGCGGGUAUGCGGACCGGAUCAUCCGUCUCGGGGACACGGCGCCCGAUGCGAUGCGAGAAAAGGCGCAAUUCGUCCUCGGUGCGAUGGAGUUUCGCAUGGCGGCGCUCGGCUUGACGUGGGCAGACGCCACCACGAGCCAAGUCUACACGGUCCACGAUAUUCACGGUUUUCUUGCCGACGAGGUCGUCCGCCGCGGUGCGGCACCGGACGGUGUCACAUGGACUUACGCCCGACCGCCGGUCGAAGGAUUGGCUUUUGAAAUGGACGUCCGGGGUGUGCCGGUGGAACGGGUCAUCGGCUGA